AUAAUUGGCCGUCCUCUCUGUCGGAGGCUGACCUCUUUCCCGCGAUGACAGUUUCCUGCAGUCUGGCUGAGAGACGGACUGGUCGUCUUCACAGCAGGAUGUACUGAAGGGGAAAGAGGGUAAUCUGAGUUUAACUGGUCGCCAUGCAGAGGACUGGGCUUGUCGAGUGAAUUUUAGUUUAUUUUCCAGGGAAGAGCGAAUGUCGCAGGCUAAUACCGAGAGGAAAUGAGUAGCAGUGCCGGGACCAGGACGGAAGGUUCGGCGGGACCAGCUGUUAAGGAGAACGGGCCAGCCGGAGCGCCCAACAGCAUGGUGAGCCCUAACGUGAGCCCGCCUCUGUCCCCGGACGAGCUGGACGAUGAGCCGCAGUCAUCUCUGACAGAUGUCACCCAAAUGUGGAUUAAAUUUGCCAAGACUUUUGCCAUCAUCUUCCCUAUCUACAUCUUGGGAUACUUUGAGUUCAGCUUCAGCUGGGUUCUGAUCGGACUCGCCAUGUUGUUCUAUUGGAGGAAGAACCACGGCAAUAAAGACUACAGGAUAAACCGUGCCUUAGCAUUCCUGGACCAUGAGGAUAAAACAGCGAGGCAAAGUGUUCCUACUACUGAGCUGCCACCAUGGGUCCAUUAUCCAGAUGUUGAGCGGGUGGAGUGGCUGAAUAAGACGGUGAAACAAAUGUGGCCGUUUAUCUGCCAGUUCGUGGACAAGCUGUUCAGAGAGACCAUCGAGCCGGCGGUGAAGGGCGCCAACCCGCACCUCAGCUCCUUCUGCUUCACCAAGAUCGACAUGGGCGACAAGCCGCUGAGAGUGAACGGGGUGAAAGUUUACACAGAGAACGUGGACAAGAGGCAGGUCAUCAUGGACCUGCAGAUCAGUUUCGUUGGGAAUACAGAGAUCGAUGUGGACAUCAAGAAAUACUAUUGCCGAGCUGGAAUCAAGAGUAUACAGCUUCAUGGAGUGAUGAGAGUGGUGAUGGAGCCUCUGCUGGGAGACAUGCCUCUAAUCGGAGCCCUGUCUGUGUUUUUCCUCAAGAAACCGUCGCUGGACAUCAACUGGACAGGACUCACAAACAUGCUGGACAUUCCCGGUGUCAAUGGUUUGUGUGACAACAUCAUCCAGGACAUCAUCUACAGCUACCUGGUCCUGCCAAACCGCAUCACCAUCCCGCUGGUGGGAGAAGCCCAGCUGGCCAAACUCCGCUUCCCGAUGCCCAAAGGCGUCCUGCGGAUCCACUUCAUUGAGGCCCAGGAGCUGCUGGGUAAAGACAAGUUCCUGGGUGGGCUGAUUAAAGGCAAGUCAGACCCGUACGGGGUCAUCCAGGUCGGGACCCAGCUCUUCCAGAGCAAAGUCAUCCACGAGACUGUCAACCCCAAAUGGAACGAGGUGUACGAGGUGCUGGUGUACGAACACUCGGCACCGAAUCUGGAGAUCGAGCUGUUUGAUGAAGACACCGAUAAAGACGACUUCCUGGGAAGUCUGAUGAUCGACAUGAACGAGCUCCAGAGGGAACAGAAGGUGGACGAGUGGUUUAUGAUGGACGACGUUGCUACGGGGAAGCUGCACCUCAAACUGGAGUGGUUGUCUCUGCUGCCCACACCGGAGAAGCUGGACCAGGCCCUGAUGAGCAUCAAAGCCGAUCGCGGUCACGCCAACGACGGCUUGUCGUCCGCUGUGCUCGUCGUCUUCCUGGAUUCAGCCAGAAACCUGCCGCGCAAUCCGUUAGAGUUCAACCAAGCAGGGCUGAAGAAGGCCUCGGUCAAUAAGGCCAUCAAGUCUGGCAAAAAAGUGACCAGCGAUCCCAGUCCGUUUGUCCAGUUCAGAGUGGGACACAAGUCCUUCGACAGCAAGACCAGAUAUAAAACCAAUGAACCGGUGUGGGAGGAAGCCUUCACCUUCCUCAUCCACAACCCUAAAAGCCAAGAGUUGGAGGUUGAGGUGAAGGACGAGAAACACGAGUGCUCACUGGGGACGUUCACGCUGCCUCUGAGUCGUCUGCUGGAGGCGAACGACAUGACGCUGAACCAGCGCUUCCCCCUCAAGAACUCCGGACCGAGCUGCACUCUGAAGAUGAAGAUGGCUCUGCGGGUGUUGUGCCUGAACAAGGACACCUCCCUGCCCUCAGACUCCACCCCGUCCUCGGUGCAGGUCCGUAAGUCCAGCUCCUCCAGCUCCUCCAACCCGACCCCGCGGCCCUCCGUCUCCUCCGAGUCCCCCAAGCCGCCCGCCCCCGCCUCCACCUCCGAAAUCCCCCGCUCCGCCUCGGUGUCCGCACAGGACCUGCUGAACCGGCGGAGGGAGACCGAAGAGAUGGCCAGGUCCCCGGGAAGCACAGACUUGGGGCAAGGUGGUAGAGGAGCAGUAGCAGCAGCAGCAGGAGGAGGUCAGGGACUGGCGGAGAGCGGGAGGAGCACCUCCAACCUGGCCAUCUCGGGCUCCCAGCAGUACCUGGCCGGAGGCAAAGAGCCGACGCCCAGCAUCGCAUCAGACAUCUCCAACCCCUACGCUGCUCAGGAGCUGCAGCAGAGACUUCAGCAGCUGCAAAAUGGUUCUGGCCCCAGUCAUUUCCCGCUGGGUGAGAUCCAGCUGACGGUCAGACACAGCUCCCAGAGGAACAAGCUCAUCGUAGUCGUCCACGCCUGCAGAAACCUGAUAGCGUUCACUGAUCAUGGAUCAGAUCCUUACGUCCGCCUCUACCUGCUUCCUGACAAACGGAGGUCAGGCAGGAGGAAAACUCACACGUUCAAGAAGACCCUCAAUCCAGUUUAUGAUCAGACGUUUGAGUUCAGUGUUUCCCUCGUGGAGCUCCACAGACGGACUCUGGACGUCGCGGUGAAGAACGGCGGAGGUCUGCUCUCCAAACACAAAGGCCUUCUGGGAAAGGUUCUGGUGGAUCUGACCCACGAUGAGAUCACGAAGGGCUGGACGCAAUGGUAUGAGCUGAGUGAAGACGGCACGACGAAGCCUCACCAACUAUAGACGGCACCGACACGUCAUCAUCAUCAUUACUAUCAUCAUCAUCAUCAUCAUCAUAUCACCACACUUCCACAUGAUACACUUCCACUUCAUUCUACAGUACAACAUGUUUUUGUUUUUUUUUAAUUUUCAUUAUUUGUAAUCAUUUUUUAAAAAAAAAAAAAAGGAAUCAGUGAAGCAGCUUUGACAUUCAUUUAAUCACAUCAGUCGCAAGGCAAACCUCCCCUUUAAGAAGUGACAGGCUGAUAGACUAAAGGGAGUAUAAACAACACGUAGAGUACUAUAUAUUACACAACGUACUGCGAUGGAAGUGUAUAUUCCAUAUUUAUAGAAGAAAACUAUAACGGCUGUAGAGGAAAACAAUCUAUUUUUUUUUUGCUGUUGCAGCAGUUUCCUGCCUCGAGUAAAGAACGACGGUGUACAACUUUGUAAAUAUGUACAAUGAUGCUGGACAAAACAGACGGUGUAUUCUAGAAACGUGAGAGAGAGAGGUGUGGUCUCUUACUUGGCCAAAUGAUUGUUUGUAAUUUUAUUUGAUUCUUUUUUUUUUUUUUUUUUUUUUUUUAAUGAAAAACAUUCUGGACAAAGUUUCUGAUGCAAAGCGGGUGCAGCAGCAGGUAGGCUGUCGCAGGGGGGAAGACGCCACCAAAGAGACGCAAAGUAUUUGAUUUUUUUUUACCCUCCGGGGUUUCGGUAACACAAAUGCAUGCUGGCUUUAUUUCACUGCAUCAAAAUGUGUAUUAAUCAACUGAACAACAUUGGAAAUACACA